AUGCAUUUAUCUAGUCGAUUUUUGGGAGCACAAGCUGCUCAAAAGUGGGAUAUAAUUGCAUCAGUUGUUCUAUCUCGACCUCCCGUAAUUGCUCCAAAAAUGUUGGAAAUCGAAAAACGAUACCAAAAGUUGCAAUUGGAAGAAGAAAGUGAAAAUAGUUUGAUGAAUAAUUAUGAAUUGAAAACAAAACAGGAUCAGAAGUGAGUUAAGAUUUUUUUUUUAGUUAUCUUUGAAAAGUGGGUUACCUAGUGUUUGAAAGUUCGGCUAUCAAAAAUCCAAAUAUUUUUCAGAAUGUUGGCAAGACGAGAACAAUUGUUAAAAGAGGGAAAGGAGUUAUCGGAACUUGAUGAGGAAAUUGGAGUGACGAAUGCGGUCAGAGAGGAUGAGUGGAAUAAAAAAGCAGAGGAAUUACAGAAAAGGUGGGUGUUUUUGGCGGGAAAUGUUGGACAUAAAGAAUUUUAUGAUAAUUUCUGGAUUUUUCAUGGUUUUAAGUCCAAAAAAACACGAAAAUCCAUCAAAUACUUCUUGUUCCGAUUCGAAAUUUUUAAAAUUCUCCCACUUCCAGAUACAAUUUCUCGAAAAUCGCCGAAGAAACCGAUCCGAAAAGCUUAUCGCGAUUACUCGAUCGAAAAUUGGUGUUGAUUGUGAAACAGAAUUUCGGCGAGAAAAAAUAUUCGUCACCUUGGAUUUUGCCACAAAUGAAGAAUAAGGAGGGAGAGACUUUGAGACAGGUAAAACUUUGAGACCAAACAAUAUUUCUUCAUGAUCUCAUUCUAGACAGCCGAACGUUGCAUCGGCGAAAUCGCAGGCGGUGAUCUUUCCGCAAGUAUUUCCGGAAACGCUCCAUUCUCCGUCUUCUCUCACAAAUAUCCAAAACCAAUCACUCAAAAAACUGGGCAAAUUGGUGCCAAAAUCUUCUUCUACACCGCAAAUUUAGCGCAAAACACAACGGAUUUUGAGGCGAACAAGGAUGACGUGGCAGAUUUUCGUUGGGUGACCCGAGAGGAAUUUUGGAGUACUGUACCUGGCAAGGAAUAUCGAAACGCUUCGAAAUUCGCGUUUUUGGAGUGA